UGUAGUUCCUUAUGAAGAAUAUUGACGCUGUCAACGAGUUUGAACACUGUCACUACAGCCAUAAUAAAAACUGGUUGAUAAUCAAGUUAUUGUUUUAUCGACGCUUAUACGUCCGUAACUGACCAAUCAACCGCCGCCACGUAAAAUUAAUGUUAAUGACGAAAGGACACACUUGAGAUCAAGGUGUCGAGUUAAGAUAAUUCAACUUGAUCAAACUCACACCGACCUCUGCAAGGGUAAGUAACUUAAGCGUUAGCUGUGGGUAUAUCGGGCUCUGCGACGAGCUAGCAAGUUAGCCAGCUGAGCCAGAUUUCGAGUAUGAACUAGGGGGACAAGGUGGUUUUAGACCGACUUCAGAAGAUGCUUCAUUAGAUGGCUUUAGCAUGGAGGCCCAUGGCUCAGCACGAUUGCUGUCUCGGAAGAGAAAGAGGGAGGGGUCAAAUGGCGAGGCAGAGGAGGGGGAGCGGCCAGGCAAGAUCAAGCGACGCACCGAGGCUUUGAAAGACCCGGCACCAUUUGCAGAUCAGCUUGUGUCAGUGGAAAACCGGUCGUAUCAGCGUGUGAGCAUGGAGGAGGCUCGCAAAGGGACCCCACCGGACAGACCGGUGCGGGUGUAUGCUGAUGGGAUCUUUGACAUGUUCCACUCUGGACAUGCCAGAGCCCUAAUGCAGGCCAAAGGACUGUUCCCAAACACACACCUCAUCGUGGGCGUGUGCAGUGAUGACCUCACACACAAGUUUAAGGGCUUCACCGUCAUGAACGAAGACGAGCGCUACGAUGCCAUCAGCCACUGCCGCUACGUUGACGAGGUUGUCCGAAACGCACCCUGGACGCUCUCGCCCGAGUUUCUGGCUGAGCACCGGAUUGAUUUUGUUGCCCACGACGACAUCCCAUACUCAUCGGCAGGAAGUGACGAUGUUUACAAGCACAUCAAAGAGGCCGGAAUGUUUGCCCCGACCCAGCGGACGGAGGGCAUUUCCACUUCUGACAUCAUCACGAGGAUUGUCCGUGACUAUGAUGUUUAUGUGCGCCGGAACCUCCAGCGCGGGUACACGGCCAAGGAGCUGAAUGUCAGCUUCAUCAAUGAGAAGAAGUAUCACCUGCAGGAGAGAGUUGACAAAGUGAAGAAGAAGGUGCGUGACGUGGAGGAGAAGAGUAAGGAGUUUGUGCAGAAGGUGGAGGAGAAGAGCAUUGACCUCAUCCAGAAGUGGGAGGAAAAGUCCCGGGAGUUCAUUGGCAACUUUCUGCAGAUGUUUGGUCCAGAGGGUGCCCUUAAGCACAUGCUGAAAGAGGGCAAGGGUCGUAUGCUGCAGGCCAUCAGCCCACGGCAGAGCCCCAACAGCAGCCCCACACGUGAACGCUCCCCCUCCCCCACCUUCCGCCUGCCCUUCUUCAACAAGACCUCUCCACCCUCCUCCCCCCCAUCCCAGCAUGGCAGUGCCUUCCAUGGCUACUCUUACGCCGUGCGGGGACAAGCCAUCAGCGAAGACGACGACGACGACGAUGACGAGUAGGGCAUCUCAGACUCCCAGACUCCCUCUCGCACUGA